AUGGAGAGUACUGGGAGAAGGAUCACGGUGAGUCCUCGACCUUGCUGCGGCCGGAGAGUGAUUGCGAAGAAGACUGGUCGUGGUGGAACCGGUGAUGGUUUUGUCAACAGUGUUAAGAAGCUUCAGAGACGUGAAAUCAGCUCCAAACGUGAUCGGGCUUUUAGUAUGACCGAUGCUCAAGAGCGAUUCAGGAAUAUUAGCUUGCAGGAAGAAUAUGAUACACAUGAUCCCAAAGGUCCUUCGGCUUUGAUAUUGUCAUUUUUGAGAAAAAGAUCGAAGAUUAUUGAGAUUGUGGCAGCACAAGAUAUUGUUUUUGCUCUUGCACAAUCUGGUCUUUGUGCAGCAUUUAGCCGAGAAACCAAUCAAAGGAUAUGCUUUUUAAAUGUCAGUCCAGAUGAAGUUAUAAGGAGUCUAUUUUAUAACAAAAAUAAUGACUCACUUAUCACAGUUUCUGUCUAUGCAUCAGACAGUUACAGUUCCUUGAAAUGCAGAAGCACAAGGAUUGAAUACAUUAGGAGGGGUAAGCAUGAUUCUGGCUUUCCUCUUUUUGAAUCCGAGUCUCUGAAGUGGCCAGGGUUUGUAGAGUUUGAUGAUGUAAAUGGGAAGGUACUUACAUACUCUGCUCUGGAUAGUGUGUACAAGGUAUUUGACUUGAAAAACUAUUCAAUGUUGUACUCCAUUUCUGAUAAAAAUGUCCAGGAGAUUAAGAUCAGUCCGGGGAUCAUGUUGUUGAUUUUUGCUAAAGCAAGUAGCCAUGUCCCACUUAAAAUCCUUUCAAUAGAAGAUGGUACUGUUUUGAAAUCGUUCAACCAUCUCCUUUAUCGGAAUAAGAAGGUGGAUUUUAUCGAACAGUUCAACGAAAAGCUACUUGUCAAGCAAGAAAAUGAAAACCUUCAAAUUCUUGAUGUGCGGAAUUUUGAGCUGAGAGAAGUUAGCAGAAGUGAAUUUAUGACACCUUCUGCAUUUAUCUUUCUAUAUGAGAACCAACUAUUCUUAACAUUUCGAAACCGGACUGUGGCUGUGUGGAACUUCCGUGGAGAGCUUGUAACUUCUUUUGAGGACCAUCUCUUGUGGCAUCCUGACUGCAAUACAAACAACAUAUACAUAACCAGUGACCAGGAUCUUAUCAUAUCCUACUGCAAAGCUGAUUCAGAUGAUUCGUUAUCUGAAGGAAGUGCGGGUUCUAUUAAUGUCAGCAACAUUUUAUCUGGCAAGUGUCUUGCUAAAAUAAGAGCAAGCAAUAGUUCUUCAAAGGAUGACAAGUGCAGUUGCUGUGACAGUUCUUCAAGUGAAAGUUGUAAUUCAAAAAAGCGAAAGCAUGUCUCCGCUGUCUCCAAAAUGAGAAGCACGGUUGCUGAAGCCUUGGAAGAUAUUACUGCUCUCUUCUAUGACGAAGAUCGCAAUGAGAUCUAUACAGGAAAUAGGCAUGGUCUAGUUCAUGUUUGGUCUAACUGA